GAAAGCGGUCUUGGCAAGGCGACCCUGGUGAACAGCCUUUUCAUGCAGGAUUUGUACAAGGAUCGCGAGGAGGUGGACGCCAAUGAGCGCAUCCAUAAGGUGACAAAGAUCGAGAAGCGUCAAAUCGAAUUGGAUGAACGUGGAGUGAAAUUGCGUCUCACGAUUGUUGAUACACCCGGCUUCAAUGACGCGGUCAACGCGGAAGAAUGGUCUGUCUGCUUGGUUUUUUCAUCUUCACCUUCGCUCUCUUUCUCUGUCUUUUCCCUAAAUUCGCGUCAUGUCCUUAAUAAGUCAAUCAAACCGAUCCUGAUGACCUUCGGUUAA